AUGAUAACGUCCAAGAGAAGAACCCUAAAGAAAAUGGGAGCUUUUUGCUUCCUUGCUCUAUUCACAGCUUCCGCAUUGCUAACGACAAGUAACGAAAACAAGCCUGGGGAUUUCGAUCUGUACCUUGAGAGCUCCCCUGGAAAGCAGAUAGAGCUGACGAUGGCAGAAAUAGAGGAAAUCAACAACAGAAAUUACAUGAGUGAAAGUAUUUUAAAAACAGCAGAAGCAACAGAAUCUGAAAGCAAAAGUACAAAAGAAGAUUCACUCGUUAAUAUUGGACAACAAAUAAACCUUUCAACAGGAAUAGUAGAGAAAGAGACCAACAGAAUUGACAACAAUUCAGAAACCACAGAAGCAACAGAAAGACUACUUUCUCCUCAAUUCGUAUAUCUCACACAGACUGAGAAAUGUCUUCGAUCAAAUGUUUCUCACAGCCUGGAAUUGUACAACCGUUCGAAAUGUCGCUGUGAUGUUCUUGUGCUAAGUUAUAGAGAAGAAUGUAACGAACCAAGACCGCGUCACUUCACUUACUUGUUUGACAACAGAACCACUUGGGGUACCGGCCGAAACAAGCUUUUCUUCCACGCGACAAAGAGAAACAUAAAUUACAUCUAUUACAUUUUUCUUGACGACGACAUUUCAUUGAGGUUUAAUCGCCAAGCUACACCUGCCAUGAAAAAACUCAGUCCAAUCCAAGUUUUCCAAAACUGGCUUCUUGAUUACGCGCCUGCUGUCGGAUUAGUCGAUUAUGAGGGCCGCAACGAAGGGAAACUCGUGCACUUAAGGAAAAGAAAUGUUUGUGGAAGGCUUCAGGCCAAAAACAGAACGGUGGCCAAUCCAACAAUCUUUUUCGAUCCUCUCUUUAAUGCUAUCCAUGCUAAAGCAGUCGGCCACAUAUAUCCGCUGGAUACACGAUAUGAAAAGAAAAACUGGUGGCUAACUGACAAGUAUUUAGCUUCAGCUGUGGAGAUGAAAUUUCGAGGACAAGCACUGCUGUACUUUCCACUCACAGUGGAAAAUGGCCUCCAUCGGCCUUAUCCAAAAUCUUUUUUGGGAACAAUUAUAACUUGGAAAAAAUUUAUCAAACGCAUUCAAAAACAAGCACCUGAUCACUACAAAAACCAUCGUUUAUUUAAGAAUUUUAGAAAAAAUCCUACACUUUAUGUGAGGAGAUCGUGGACCUACUGCAUGAGUAUAACUCGUCACCAAGAAAUCAUUCCAUAUGCACACUUGGAAAAACAACAGCCUGCUAAGGGUAGUCGUAUACGUAGGAAAAGGUUCUAUUAGGCGGAAAAAAUAAAAAAUGACCACAUUAUCUAAAUUUAAUAUUAAUUACAGGGUCAGUAUAUUUCAUGACGUUAUAUACAAACCUGCUUGCGUCAUUAGUGAUUUGAAAGAAAUUAAGUUCACAAAGCCAUUGCUUUAUCAAGAAUAUCUUUCCUUAAGGGAUUAUACCAAACGGAAAAACCCAUCUGAACGAUAAAAGGAAACAAUCAUAAGAGCCUGUGAAAAAGACAAUAAAAUAGCAACUACUAAAACCUAAUUGACUGAAGGAUGUUCACUAAGGUCAGAUGAGUUAUGCCGGCUUAAUUUGGGCUUAAUGCUAUUUUCAGAGCAUCGAGCAUGAUGCCGGCGUAAUGACUAGACUUCUUAAAAAUUCCCUUAAUGUUACAGUGCAACAAGAGCCUGAGAAAUGUCAACAGUGAACUUUCUUACUAGCACUUUAAGAAUUUGAUCCAAUAAAAUGUUUUAUUUUGAACUUUAGUAUGCCUAUUUAUUCUUGGCAAGUUUUACCUGCUAGCCUCGAGGGGAAGGUUAGGUUGAGAGGGUUUUAAAAGAUGUUAGUUUGAAUUAUUGCAUUGAUCUCGGUGAUGAAAAAAAUAAGCAUAAUUUUCGGCAUGAAUCCAAGCAUAGUGCUCAAGUUUUCGAGCAUAAUUUAUCUGACACUACUGGUGGUACACGGCCAUGGUCGCUGCCAAUGCUGGAUGUGAAUGUUUUUCAUCAGGCUCGCUUAAGCUGCGUAAUACAUAAAGUGCGCCAGAGUGAAAAAUCAGCAAAUUUUAAUCAUGAUAGCUGCUGCGAUUACUUAGCACAGUGAACACAGUAGUCAGGCUAAAGGCAUGCGCAAAUGGCUUUAUGUUGGCUACCCGCGCACCAAUUUCCCGCGCAAAAUUUUGAAUUGGUAACACAUAAGAAAAAACGCUGUCAUACAAAUUUAUUAGAAUGAGUUGAACUUUUCAUAGAAAUUUGACAUAUAUAAAGGAAACAAAGUUGAGGAAAAGGGAAACUUGAGACUUCAUUACUUAAUUUAAUUACGGGAUUCCUGUUGAUCUGCCAUUUUAUUUUUCACUUUAUUAAAAGAAUUACAUCCUCUUAAAACACCGUGACUUUCCAGCUUUAUCAAACGUUAUUUACCUGAAUACACUAUGCCUGGCCACUUCGUAAGACACCUUCAGAAGUGUGUAAAUUUCCCACGAACUACUGCAAACGAAUCAUGGACAACGUGAUCAAAUAAUGAGCUGUUGUGUUUGUAUUGAAAACGUCCAUUUUGUUUCUUGGACUCGCCACGUGACCAUCUUGUUAACAUUGAGGAUGACGAGGAAAUAUUUGUGGAUUAAGACAUUUAGGAAGGGUUUAAUAUUUAUAGCCAAAAGUUACAUUGUUUUUCGCCGCUAGCUGGUCUAACAGUUCCGAUUGACAAUAUUACGUUUAAAAUUAAUUUUUAAACUACCGAUUCCAUUAAAGUAUUUGAAGUACGUAAAAAUGCGCAAAAGACCGUGUGCAAAGAAUGGCGGGAUUCAGGCGUUUCCCUGACAACCACAGCUGCAAGUAAGCAUUGUUAUUGUUUCCUAUGACAGUCCUUAAUUUGCUGCAUCACCCAUAUCCAAUGUCAUGUGCAGGAACAAGGGAAGCUCAGCUGGAGAGCAUCCACUUAAGUUAUGAAAUUAGACGAACUUGA